AUGUACGGUCGAUUUAAAGCAGUAAUAAUAGCUGCUGUGUUGAUAGUGUUGAUAAAUGCAAUCUUUCUAUGGAAUAUAAAUUCGCAUAAUAUUAAAGGGGACGGGAUCCUGAAAAUAAUCAAUACAUCAAAGAAUGAACUAGGGCUAACGGUGUAUCAUCACGAUCCUAAAAAUAGAUUUGUGGUGAUGGAACUCCAAAAAGAUCCAUUACAAGAAGGCAAACAGUACUCUUCGGAAGGAGAUUUCUUGAAGCUGACAUCUAAAGGAGCCCCCUAUGAUAUUCAAUACAUCCUGAGUCAUGACAACGCUGCUCAGUUGAAUUUUGUUGAAAAGCAGAUGGAGAAAAAUUUUGAAGCCACAGGGCUGGAAAGGAUAGAACUGGAAUCUUCAUUCCGAAAGAGGUUCAAACAGUUUUUUGAAGAUUUAUUGAAUGUUAUAGAUGAGAGUAAACCAAAGAUUCCUUCUAUCAAUAAUGAUGAUCACUACAGAAUCGCUAAGGAUUCGAACAGUUUCCCCAAUAGAGACGGCAGAGUAAUGCUUUAUGGGGGAAACUUGAGGGAGAAUUAUCUUCAAGAACCUGUUCGGACAAAGGCCAUGUUAUCCAACUAUUUAAGACUAUCUGAGAACGAGUUAGAUGACCUAAAAAGAUCACAUCAUCAUUUUUUUGAAAACAUGCCUCGUGGAUUCCCUCCAGAGCUCUUGCAGUUGAGUAAAUUCAACAAAUUUAUGAAAGGUGAUGGUAUUGUUAUCUUAGGUGGUGACAGAUAUAAUCAGCUAGCUUUAUUAUCAGUGAAAGUCUUGAGGUCCCAUGGUUCCAAAUUGCCUGUAGAAGUCAUUAUGCCUCACAGGUCUGAUUUCGAUGCUGAGUUCUGUGUUAACAUUCUUCCAAGUUUUGAUGCAACUUGUAAGAUUAUGGCAGACUAUUUGCCAGAUUCAUUACUAGGAAAAAUUAAGGGCUAUCAAUAUAAGAAUGUUGCAAUCAUGAUUUCAUCCUUCAAAAGAGUUUUGUUUUUGGAUGCUGAUAAUCUCGUAUUAAAGAAUCCAGAUGUUUUAUUUGCUAAUGAACCCUUCACAUCCCAUCAUUUAGUUUUAUGGCCGGACUUUUGGAGGAGAUCAACAUCGCCAAACUUUUACGAGAUCGCCGAUAUAGAGGUUGAUGAAAAGUCAAAAAUACGAAAUAGUUAUUUCCCUGGAGAUGCUAGAGGAACAACAAAAGAUCUGUCUCACUUUUCAUUUCACGAUUGUAAAGGUGCAAUACCCGAAGCAUCGAGUGAAACUGGUCAAAUAUUAAUUAAUAAAGAAGUUCAUAACACAACAUUAAUCUUGUCGAUGUACUAUAAUUGGUUUGGACCAGACUUUUACUAUCCAUUAUUGAGUCAAGGAGCUGCUGGUGAAGGAGACAAAGAAACCUUCAUCACUGCUGCCCAUAAAUUAAAUUUACCCUUGUAUCAGGUCAAGGAGUUCAAUAGAGAAUUCGGACCUGUAAAUGAAAGAGGAGGACAUGAAUUAUACGCUAUGGGUCAGUAUGAUCCUAUAAUUGAUUAUAUUCAAUCAAGAAACAACGAAGAUGAAUCACGGAUUGACUAUCACUACCCAGAAAAGCCAACUUAUGCUCAAAGCGAUACUGACUCUACAAAGAAUAACUAUAACUAUCAUCUUUAUAAAUCUUCCAGCUUAUUGUUUUUGCAUGCUAACUGGCCCAAAUUUUAUUUACAUGAGAUGUUUAUUCUUAAUUCUUAUGGAAGAGGUCCUCUUGUUGAUGAGAAAAGAAGGAGAUUGUACAAUACAGAACUAAAGAAGGAGUUAGGUUACGAUUUAGAGCUUAAUUUAAACAAAGAGCUAAAAUGGUGCUACUGCGACUUAAGAAUUGGCCUUCAGCAUGUUCCAGAUCCUAACGGUGAAGAAAGGAAGACAAUAUGUAAUAAUAUAAAGAACCAAAUAAGUUUCCUAGAGGGCGCUGAUUAG